UUCUAAUUAAAUUAACCACGAUUUAUUGUCGAAAAGCAAUGAAAGGGGAAAACUUCUUUGCGGAGGGUGAAUACUUUUUCUAAACACUGUACAACGUUGUUCAUUCUUCUCUGUCUAGAAUUUGUUUAUAUAUAACACUUUUAGCUGCUCCCUCUGAAAGUAUGUUUUUUUUUUUUCCAUAUUCCUUUAAUGUUCAUGCUUGGUUAUUUUUUUCCAUUUACUGCAUGAUGCCUUUCUGUCAGUGGACAUCUCAGCAGACCAGCUGGCCUACAGUCAGCCACAGCCAGCUCUAGCUCUCCAGCCCCUCGCUCUCUACUUUCUAUUUAUAUUCAUCCUGAUUUCACUCCAGGACUAUUUUAUCCCUCUGACGACACCCUCCUGUCACUUGUUGCCCUCCUUCUUCUUCUUCUUCUUCUACUUCAUUUCCGUCUUCCUUCCUUAUACAACUCUUAUGGCUGGGCUCAAGGAGGUCUUGCAAUGGUCCGCAUGCUUGAUUACUUCAUCGUCACUAUUUGCACAUUCAUUUCCAAUCUCCUCCAUUCCUUGUGGACACUAUUAGAAUCUGAGCCAGCUGAUUUGCCAGCGCAAGGCCCCUCUCCCUGGGAUUUUAUGGAGGAGUUGAGCCCCAGACAACUGGCUGUCAAGCAGCUGAAGCAACAGUUCCUGGUGGCCCUGCAGGCCAACAACGCACAAGAAGUCCUGAAAAUUCUGCACUCUGGCAAGCUAGAUAUUGACACUGUGCUGGAGGUAGAUGACCCUAAAAUGGUCCUGGCCUCGUAUAAACAAGGAUACUGGCUACCAGGCUACAAAUUGGAGAAGUCCUGGGCGAUGGGUAUCCACGUGUGUGUGAUGUACAACGCCUUGGAAACAGCACUCAUGCUUCUUGAGAAAGGUGCAGCUGUCAACCGCACGCCCAACGGGAAGACGCCUCUGCAUGUGGCCUGUGAGGUGUCCAACAGCGACUUUGUGUCCUUGCUUUUGGCUCAUGGAGCAAAGGUCAACAGCUUGUCCCUGAGUGGACACACACCGCUGCACCACUGUGUCACCAGAGAGUCAGUAGACUGUGCCAAGCAGCUCAUCCUCAAAGGUGCAAAAGUCAACGUGACCAGCCACAACAAUGACGAAGACACACCUUUACACAAAGCAGCCAGAUUUGGUGUCCCAGAACUGGUGGCUCUGUUUUUGGCCCACGGAGCUUCUGUGGAUGCUGUCAACUCUCUCCAGGAGACGCCUCUGAUGACUGCGGCCUUCUGGGCUUUCGACACUAAGGAGCAAAUCUACAGCCAAGAGCAUCAUUUUGUCUGCCGCCUUCUUCUGGACCACCAGGCUGAUCCCAACCUUCAGGAAGAGGACCAGAAAACAGCUCUCCACAAGGCAGCCUGGAACUGUGACCACGUCCUGAUGCAGAUGCUGCUGGAGGCCGGAGCAGACGCACGAGCCAUGGACAUCAACGGCUGUGCUCCCAUUCAGUAUCUCCUCAAAGUGACGGAUGUCAGGCCAAUGGCCAUUCCAGAGCUCUGCUAUCAGCUGCUGCUCAACCAUAAUGCAGCGCGGGUCUACCCACCACAGUUCCACAAGGUGUUGCAGUCCUGCCACGACUACCCCAGAGUUGUAGAAAUCUUGGUUAACUCUUAUGAACGUUUAAAGCCUACAAAGAAGUGGAGAGCUGCUAUAACUGAUGACUGCUACGAGCGUCAUAAAGACUUUUAUGACUCCGUUUUUGCUGUUUGCACCAACACUCCUCGCAGCCUGCUUCACCUGGCCAGAUGUGCCGUCAGAGCCGGCAUGGGUGGGUUCUGUCACCAAGGAGUACCACAGCUGCCUCUACCGUCUUCCAUGAAGAAAUAUAUACUACUGGAACCUGAAGGGAUACUGUACUAAUGAAGAGAUUUCUGCUCAUAAACUUCAGUUGCUGCAUGGAAAAGUGCUCCAAUAUGCUGAAUGUCACCUGAUGAUGUGAACAGAAACAUGUCUGUCUGCGGUCCGUGGGAAUGGAAAAUGCCGCCAGCUGGAACAUGCUCAUCACUCACAGAGGCUUUUAUCGGCAACACAAGAAAUCCCUCUUUAGUGUUUGGCAGUACACAAGACAUUAUGUGCAUAUAAGCUGUCUUUGCCGGAGUGGAACCCAAAUAGCAUGACUUAUCACAAACCAGAUAUUAGGGUGGUUUGAGAAAGAACACGAAAGAAGAUCAACUUAUUACAGGAAUUAAUCAAUUGCCUGUUCAACCAUAAAUGUGCAGACGUUUGACAGACAGCGCCUCCUCAUGCCGAAGAGGAUUCCAAUGUACCUGGCAACCACCUUAAUGCUCGCUCUCAUGUCAUCAACUCAUGCUCCUGUGAUAUUCCACCUCUUGUAAAACAAACACUUGACAAGCCACUCCACAACAAGUGUUUGUUUUUCCACUGGACUGCAUGGAAUCAUGUGCAUGGACCGAUUUCUUUCUUUCUUUUUUGUAUGUUAUCCGCAUUAAGCAGCACAAGCAAACACAAAUAAUGCUUGAAGCUUUCCUCUCAACUCCCUCACAACAGAAGAUACUCAGUAAAAACAGUGACGGUAACAUAAUAACCCUGUCGAGUUUAAUCAGAAUGUCCACCUUAAGUCAACAGCUGAUGUGACCUGUGAAUUGCUUUCCAAUACUUUGAUGCACUGUAAAUUCGCACAUAGAGGAAGACCUACAGAACCACUUUGAAAGAGCUCAUGUUAGCCUUUAAUUCCACACAGAGUAUGGCCCAGGUCAUUCAUUUCAGCGACAACAACAUGCUGUAAUGCUCUCUUUUAUCCAGGUGCUAAGUUUGAUUUGGAGUUAAUGCCACUGUGCACUAGAGGAAAAGCCUCGCUACACAGAGGCUGACAAAAGAGACACAGAAGAGGAGAAAAUAAACCGGCAACUUCUGGAAAUAUUGAGAUUAAAGCCUCUCUCUGGUCAUGGAUCAACUCCCCCCAAAAUGUCUUCUCUGUGUAUCAGAGUAAUCCCCUCCUGUCUUACAAUGGCUUUGGUGUGACUCUGCACCAUUGCUUCCUCAAAAUGUGCAGAUUUAUCUCCAUGCACUUGCCCUCCUCACGCUGCAGCCCGAGCAUACCAGCUUCACCUACUGUCUGCUCAAACACUGUAAAGCUACUCUAUGCAACACAGUGUAGUAUACUGAAGUGACACAUGUUGGACUUGGAAGCUGAUUCAUAUACCGUAGACAUGUUUAAAGCUACUUCUUUGGUCUUUUUCUUCAUCUGUUAAUUCUACACUAGCGUUCAAAAGUUUUGGGUCACCCACACAAUUUCACGUUUUCCAUGAAAACGCACUUUUAUUCAAGUGCUAACAUAAUUGCACAAGGGUUUUCUAAUCAUCAAUUAGCCUUUCAACAUGAUUAGCUAACACAAUGUAGCAUUAGAACACGAGAGUGAUGCUUGCUGGAAACGGCCCUGUGUCCCUAUAUAGAUAUUCUAUUAAAAAUAAACCAUUUUCAGCUAGAAUAGUCAUUUACCACAUUAACAAUGUCUGGAUUGUAUUUCUGAAUCUUCACUGAAAAAAGUGACCCCAAACUUUUGAACGGUAGUGUACAUUAUACACAGAUGGCAAAAAUGCUUUCAAAGUGCCACCAGAACGAGAGAAUCCGAGACAAUAAAAAUGGCUAAUAGCAUUUCAAAUAAUUGCAUAAUACAUCCUGGUUCAAAUAUUUCUUGUUUCCACAAUCACAAUUCUAGUACUUGGGGGUUUAUAUUGCUCCAAUAAUGUGUCAGUGAAAUACAAAUGACCACACUGACCUUACUGUGUCAUGUUUAUAACUGGCUAUGCAGGUAGAUAUCAUCAUUAUGAACCUUACACCUGUCCACAGGUCAUGCACGAAGAUAGGUGUGUCCAUGACAUACUCAUGUUUUGUACCUUAAUAGAAGAUGUGUGUUUUUGUACAUAUUGUAGCAGCAAUUUAAAAUCCCAGCAUUAAACCAAACUAUCUUCA